CCGAUCAGUUUCUGUUUCUUUUAUUUCAUUUCGCUGCGCGUUUGACUAAUUUGGUAUUGUAAAACGGUAUUUUUACUUGGCCUUUAAGCAUAGCCAACAUGAGCAGCACAUCAAAGUUCGUGAGCGAAUUCUGUGAUAUUAUCGACUCCUAUGGCGGCCGUGAUAAGGUGAUGAAAGCGCUCUGCUACAGUGCCAAACUGGUGGCUGGCUACCAUGCGAAGAGGAAUCCCGAUUUGGCCAAGCGAUAUGCCACGGCCAGCUCAAAGAUAUCCGGAGCCAGGGCCACCCUGCGGCUGAUUGACGACAUUCCCAUGAUACAGUACGCCCUGGAGUAUGGCUUGGGGGAGAAUGAGCCGGAUCGCGUUAUGGCCGUGCUGGGGGUGACGGCCAAUAUCGUGGACCUGCUGUACUACCCAAUCGAGAAGGUCUGCUGGCUGGCCGAGCACAAGAUUGUGGAUGUGAAGAAUGCGGACAGAUGGGACAACGUAAAUUCCAUAUUCUGGGUGCUCUCCGUUUACCUCAACCUGAUGCGAACAAUGCGUAACUUCUCCCUGAAUCAGGAAAAACUGAGCUGCAAUCCAAAGCUAAGCGACAUUGAUGCCACUACCUUGGCCAAGCAUCGCCUGGAGCUGGUGUCCAUUGCUCGCAUAUCCCUGGACUUUGUGCACGCCGUCAGCACCCUUCCCGGAGGCUAUCUGUGGGGCGGCAAGCUCUCCACCUUCCAGGUGGGGGCGAUAGGCACCCUAUCCGCCGGCCUUGGCAUCUAUCAGAUCUUUGCCAAAAGAAAACUGAACAAGUAGUUGUCGCCGCUCGCCUUUUUGUACUCGUAUUUUUGAUGAACGAAAGUUUUAAACUAGUCCUUAGAAGUUGUUGUACGUUAGUAAAGUAAGUGUAACCGCGCACAAAAUACACGCUAAACAA